AGCCGAUCAAGCGCCUUCUCCGUCACAUAUCAAAACCGCUCGAAGAUGUCUGGAAGUCAAGGAAAAUACGUCAGCAUGGGCAAGGUGCCGAAAAGCGGAAAAAAGAGGUCUCGAUCGAUGAGGGCCGGACUCCAGUUCCCGGUGGGCAGGCUACAUCGUCAGCUGCGCAAGGGCAGAUACUCGAAGCGAGUCGGCACCGGAGCUCCCAUCUACAUGGCUGCCGUCAUCGAGUACUUGGCCGCCGAGGUCCUGGAGCUGUCGGGAAACGCGGCCCGCGACAACAAGAAGACGAGGAUCAUCCCGAGGCACUUCCAGCUGGCAGUCCGCAACGACGACGAGCUGAGCAAGCUACUGGCAGGCGUCACCGUGGCCCAGGGUGGUGCGGUGCCUUUCAUCCACUCGACUCUUCUACCGGUGAGGCGGACCGCCAUUAAGAAGGAAUAAUUAUAUCCACGACUACUACGUCAAAAUCAGCCCUUUUCAGGGCUCA